AUGCCAAGCAGCGAGAGGAGUCUCUGCGAGCACAGGCGGGUCCGAUCACGAUGCAAGGCGUGCGCGGGGGGGAGCAUAUGCGAGCACGGGCGGCAGCGAUCAUCAUGCAAGGCGUGCGGGGGGGGGAGCAUAUGCGAGCACGGGCGGCGGCGAUCGCAAUGCAAGGCGUGCGGAGGCAGCAGCAUAUGCGAGCACGGGCGGCAGCGAUCGCAAUGCAAGGCGUGUGGGGGGGGGAGCAUAUGCGAGCACGGGCGGCACGGGCGGGAGCGAUCACGAUGCAAGGCGUGCGGAGGCAGCAGCAUAUGCGAGCACGGGCGGCAGCGAUCGCAAUGCAAGGCGUGCGGAGGCAGCAGCAUAUGCGAGCACGGGCGGGUCCGAUCAUCAUGCAAGGCGUGCGGGGGGGGGAGCAUAUGCGAGCACAGGCGGCAGCGAUCACGAUGCAAGGCGUGCGGGGGGGGGAGCAUAUGCGAGCACGGGCGGCAGCGAUCGCAAUGCAAGGUAUGUGGGAGUAGAGGCAAAAGUUAG